UGUCAUGUCUGUCAUGUCAUUUUUAGGAUAGUCGCCAGUCGCCGAUUUAUAAAAAGGCCGAAAACAUGGAACAAUUAAAGCUUUCCUCUUUAUUUUCGUUAUUCUUGAUAUUUGAUUUAACCUCCGCUUUAUAUUUCCACAUAGCGGAGGGGGAGCGAAAAUGCUUUAUCGAAGAAAUACCGGAUGACACAACUGUUAUGGUGAACUACAAGGUGGAGCUUUAUGACCCUCGUUCUGGCGGGUUCAUGCCCUCAUCGCCCGGGAUCGGCAUGCACGUGGAAGUCCGUGACCCAAACGACGGCGUGGUGCUGUCGCGGGUGUACUCCUCAGAGGGCAAGAUCUCCUUCACAUCCACUACUCCGGGAGAACAUGUCAUUUGCAUGUACUCUAACAGUACGUCUUGGUUCAGCGGCUCUCAAUUACGGGUACACUUAGAUAUCCAAGUAGGUGAGCACGCCGUGGACUAUGCCAACGUGGCGCAGAAGGACAAGCUGACAGAGUUGCAGCUGCGGAUCCGACAGCUGCUAGACCAGGUGCACCAGAUCACCAAGGAGCAGAGCUACCAGCGGCACCGAGAGGAGCGCUUUAGACAAACAUCGGAGAGCACCAACCAGCGCGUGCUGUGGUGGAGCUUGCUGCAGACCGGUGUGCUUGUUGGCAUCGGCUACUGGCAGAUGAGGCAUCUCAAGAGCUUCUUCGAGGCUAAGAAACUAGUGUGAAAACCUUAACAUUAGCCUUUUUAACUCCAUCAGUACUCAUAGCUACAUCUCCACCAAAUAUUUGGGUAUUUAAAGUACCUACUGGUUUUCUAUACAUAUUUAGUUCCUGUUCUCACCAUACAAACUCAACACUGGAUUUUUCUUGUCUAUUGACGUCUACAUAAUAAUGUCAAUACUGGUUCAUCUGUUUAUAAGAAAGUUUGGUGUGUUAAAAAGGUUGAAUUCUUAUCCGUUAUAAUGUAAUCCUUAAAAUUCCGUUUCCCCGUUUUACUCGUUUGGCUGAAUGCGCCAGGAGCGCGAUGCCAUUAAUAUAAAAAAAAAAAAAAAAGGUUGAAAUAUAAGUAUUAAUUUUAUAAGCCUUUGAGUAGUUUCAAUUUGUAAAAUCAAGGUUAUAAUAGAGUGAAAAACAACACAAUGACAGUGUUGUGAAAGCUUAAAAUAUUAAUAUUAUUUUGGUUCUUCUAUGUGACGGAGGUAUCAUGUUUUCAAAUACUGUUUUAUGUCAGUCUCUGCAAGCCUUAUAAUGUGACAACCAUAAAAUCAAUAUCCAUGCUAGCUCAGGAUUGGUGAUAAAGCAAACUCAGCAUUAAAAUAAAUGUAAUUUUUUCACAUUUUGUACAUGUAAUUUAUGACAUAGGUGGUUAUUACACUAGUACUACAUCCAGAUAAGACAUCAGUGUGAAAACCAUUAUUUUAAUCACAUCCUUAGAGGAUAUAACCAAACUGGCUACUCCGUUUGUUUAUAUCAUCUAAGUUCACAUCACACUGUUAUUUUCAAAAUAUGAAAUAUGUAGAUUUAUAUAAAACUUCCUUUUUCAAUCUAAUUUAUUAAAUUUCUAGUAUACAAACACUAAACAAAUGAUUUCCAAAUGUAAGAUUAUUAAUUAAAAUUUUCGUUAUAGAAACAAGUAAUAUAUACUACUGUAAUUUGAUGUGUUUUGCAAGUGAUCUGUAUUUUUUGAUUAAAAAAACAUAAGUUAAAA